AUGGAUCUUUGGAGCAGCGUUCAGCGGAAGGUUGCCAUCAAGAUCGAUCAUGACAGUCUAGGCACCUCUAUAUACGCUACCGUCGUUACAGAGCUGGCCUCAAGAACACUCGGCAGCUUUUAUAGUUACGCAAGGCGCAUAAACGCUGGUGGCACUAGCGACGUCGCAUACCCUCGAUUACGUAUCGCAGCAGACACCCCACUCCACCAGCCCAUCAUCUUUGUGAGAUGUAGUAUGUCUCUUUGGAGCCAAGCCUCGAACCGAGAGAAUGUCUCCUUUCCUAGCGUUGAAGGAGCAUGGGUGCAGGACUCUUGGUAUCCCCAAGCAUCCACUUCGUAUCUAGACACUGACAACGAGAUCUUCGACGGGCUACCGGAUAAAGAGGCCCGAUUCUCGUGGUACAAUGACGAUAAAGUCAACGCUUCGUCAUCACUGCUUGCGUUAGCGAUCGUACCCGUUGUAGCUCGCGGCUCUACAGAUAGAUAUUGGACCUCGGCCAUCGUAGCCUGCUCCGCCGAUGCACGCUGGGCGGCCAGCGAUGCGUAUCAUCAGCCCACGAAUUCGAGUACGGUGUCCAGCAAUGUCUCCGACGUACUCCUUGAAACCGAGUCUCCAUAUGGUGAAUGGAUCCUUCCUGGCUACAUGUUCUCAGACAAACCGCUCGAUCUGAAGCCCGACUGGGCUGCCUUCUUCAACGGGUAUCAAACUGAGCUGUUGGCGGACAAUUCCUCCUCCAACAUGACAAGCAUGGCCGGGAUCCUGCAAACAGCCAUUGAUCAUCGGGAAAUAGAUGGCAGCGACGCACCAGAUUUUGUUGCGCCCAAUGUCACGUCUUCUGACGAUAAGAAUGGCGGAAUCGAGGAGACUAUAGCCAUGCUAUUAGGCGGCGUACUUGCAGACGGUAUAGCGCGAGGUUCAUCCGAUGUGUUCUCCUUUCUCAAGACCAACACUACAGCCGAUGACGACGUAGUGACAGUGCUGGAAAGCCCUCAAAAUCUUUUUAAAUGGCGCCCUGUCCCGGAUUUCUACUCAGUGCGCAUCAAGCUCGACUCAUACGGGUAUGGAUAUGGGCUCCGAAACACAGCCGGUUGGGUAGCGAUGAUCGUCUUGCUUGUCUUCACACUGACAGUCCUUGUACAUGGAGUAGUUCUAGGCUGUGCGGUUGCCAGGCGAAAGUACUAUGGCGGCGAGUGCUGGGAAGAUGUAGCGGAGCUUAUGGCAUUAGCGAUGAAUUCGACGCCGAGCGAGAAACUCGACGGCACGAGCGCAGGUGUGGAACAAUCCGAGACCUGGAGAAAUGUCGUCAAGAUCCGAGAGACAGAUGACCAGCGUUUGGAACUGCGCUUUGUUGAUAGAUAUGAUGAGGAUGGAGGCAGGGUUAUCAUCGGGAAGGCGUACCUGUAG